AGCCCUUGGCUGCGGGCUGGCAGCCAUGGCGGGCCCCGUGUGCAGCGGCGGCGGCAGCGGAUCCAAGGCUUUGGACCUUCUGCGCUCUCUGCCGCGCGUCAGCCUGGCCAACCUGAAGCCCAGUCCCGGCUCCAAGAAACCGGAAAGACAAAGAAGAGGCCGGAGAAGAGGUAGAAAAUGUGGCCGAGGUCAUAAAGGAGAAACGCAGAGAGGAACCAAGCCUAGAUUAGGGUUUGAGGGAGGUCAAACUCCAUUUUAUCUUCGGAUCCCAAAGUAUGGAUUUAAUGAAGGACAUAGCUUUAGACGACAAUACCAUCCUUUGAGUCUCAAUAGGCUACAGUACCUGAUUGAUUUAGGUCGAGUAGAUCCUACUCAACCUAUUGAUUUAACUCAGCUUGUAAAUGGAAGAGGUGUGACAAUCCAGCCACUUAAAAGGGAUUAUGGUGUCCAGCUGGUGGAAGAGGGUGCUGAUACCUUUAAGGCUAAAAUUAAUAUUGAAGUACAGAUGGCCUCAGAACUAGCCAUAGCUGCAAUUGAAAGAAAUGGAGGUGUUGUGACUACAGCAUUUUAUGAUCCAAGAAGCCUGGAGAUUCUCUGCAAACCUGUUAUGUUUUUCCUUCGUGGACAACCUAUUCCCAAGCGAAUGCUUCCACCCGAAGAAUUGGUGCCAUACUAUACUGAUGCCAGGAACCGUGGCUACCUGGCAGAUCCAGCCCAGUUUCCUGAAGCAAGACUUGAACUAGCCAAGAAAUAUGGUUACAUUUUACCUGACAUCACUAAGGAUGAACUCUUCAAAAUGCUGAGUACUCGAAAGGACCCACGGCAGAUUUUCUUUGGUCUUGCUCCAGGCUGGGUAGUAAAUAUGGCUGAAAAGAAAAUCCUGAAGCCCACAGAUGAAAACCUCCUUAAAUAUUAUAGCUCAUGAAUUCUAAAGAGAAAAAAGCAUUCUCAAGAAUACUGGGAAAAUGAGCCUAGGAUGCUCACAGUUUCUUGUUUCAUUUUCCUGCUGUAUUAUAGACUCAAAAUGUAUGGGGCUGAUUUUUGGCAUAAUGUAUUUUCCUUUUCUUCUUUUUUUAAGGUAAAAUCAAAAUAAAAUAUGAGAAAUCACAUUAAACAAAAUCUAUAUCUGUGUGACAUGAUGAAAGAUGUAUAAACUCCCUUUUGCAAAAUGGACUUUAUAGAUAAGAUCAGAUAUAUGUCCUGAAUGCUUUUAAACAGUCAGAAGAAAUUAUUUAGCCCGAAA